AUGGCUGCCAAGGUUGUUCCCCCUUUCAGGUUCGCCAUCGUCGAGGUCGGAGUGUACCGAGGAGCAUAUCCCACGCUCAAGAACUUUGCUUUCCUCAAGAGCCUCCACCUCAAGACCAUGAUCUCGCUGAUCCCUGAGACUCCGACAAACGAUCUGGAGGACUUCUGCGCGAUGGAAGGCAUUCAGCACAUUCAUCACAUGGUGGAGAAGCGAAAGGACGACUUGACGAUCACAGUGAAAGAUGUUGUCAGUAUCCUCUCAACCAUUGUUAGGUCGUCACAGCUGCCCAUCUAUGUGCAUUGCCUUGAUGGGUCCGAAGUUACUGGAUUGGUCUUUGCUUGCCUUCGCCGCUUGCAAGCAUGGCACUAUGAAUGCAUUGUGAACGAAUUUUGUCGCUAUGCGCGCUCAGGAGAGAUUUCAUCGGCAGGUGUGUAG